AUGGUCAGGAAAGAGAGCAGCGACCAACGACCUUCGAAGCGCAUCAAGACGGAAAAUGGAGAUAGGGAAGCUAUGCCACAAUCUCCUCAAGACGGUGUAGACAGCCUUGUCGAACAUUCAGAGUUUGAGAUUCUACAAGGAUAUCGGGAGGUUGACAAAAAUGUGAGCAAAGACAGAGUUGAGAUAGCAAGGAAUGGGGGCAAAAGCAUAGCGCUAGACCGUCUAAAAGCUGUCGACAAUUUGUUCAACAAAGCCGCGGCAAUUGACACGAAUAGAAACUCACUUUUGGCUGAAGAUUCGCGAGCUGUUCUGAACGUUAGUGAACUCACAGAACUGAGUGUGCGAAACCUCAAACUAGAUAGCUCCCAGCAUGCAUUAUACGCGGAUGACGUUCUCAACUAUUCGAAAAGAUUUAUGCUUAAGGAUUACUUCCAGAUAAAUGACCUUUCAGAGCAACCGACAGACCUUAGAACGCAGGAUCUUGAAGACACCCAAAAUUCUUUGGGUCAGGACGCUAAUUUGGCUGGCUCUGGGCACGAAAUUGCUCAGCGGAGACUUCAACGUGGCUUUUUAAAACAGUUCGAGCAAUACGAUCAAUUUAUGCAGUUCGAUUGGUUCAAGCUCGGUAUGCUUUAUCAGACCAAGUCGCGAGCUCCAGCAAUUGUUGACCAUCUGCUGGGUCCUUUUGCUGCGGAGAAAAAAGUAAGAGCCCCAAGCCAGCGUAGAAGAAUUACGGAGGCUGUUGGAAAAGCUGUAACGGCUCAAAGAGUCACGAAAGAAUCCCUCAACUCAACUGAAGAUAAAACGACACCCGAGCAGGUAAAGAAGUGUUUCGAAGUACUGACAAAGAAAAACGGCUACGGAAAAAUUGGUUUGUUCAAGUUUAUUAUAGAUCCAAACUCUUUCGCUCGCUCGGUAGAAAACCUUUUCUACACAAGCUUUCUGAUCAAAGAAGGUAAAGUUAUUUUAGAGGAAGAUUCGGAUGGAUAUCCAGCUAUAAGGCCUAAAGAAAAGCUGCCGAAAGAUGGUCACCAACGCGACCUCGAGAUUCAGCGCCGAAACGACGCGCGCCAGAACCAUCUCAUUUUCCAAUUGGACAUGUCCACAUGGAGAAAAUUAAUAAAAGAAUUCGAUAUAGUACAAUCAUUUAUUCCAUGA